AGCAGCAUUCCUCCUCUACCACCUCCUCCUCCUCAGCAGCAGCAGCAGCAGCAGCAGCAGCAACUCUCUCCUCGCUCUCUGUGAUUGUGACUCGCAGGAAAACUUUUAUUCCCGGGCUAAAUUUAGUGGAGGGGCCCCUGGUCGCUGCUCGGUUGUCGGUUGCGUCCUCAUCCUGGACGCGCUUCCUUUCCCCCUCACCUUGUCCUCGCAUUGGUUCUGCAGAGAAAGCAGCUCCUGCACAGAGCCACAUGAGUGAGUGAGAGGAGCAUCGGACGACAGAAGCAGCUUAUUUUCUGGAGACUUCACUCACUGACUUUUCCCACAACAUUUUAAGGGAUUUUCUUUUUUUCUCCAGUUUUUCUUUCACAGAGGCAUGAAAAUGGCCUUGAGUGGAACCAUUUUACCAUCAAUCUCUACUUUUGCCAACCAGAAGGAGAAAUUCUGGGAAGAUAGGUGGAAGGGCAGCCUGGGCAGCAUUGCGCCUGACCUGGACAGCAGCUGUCUGGGCAGGAAGGACGAAGAGGACCUAGAUAAGUUCUUGGACCUCGAGUUUAUUCUCGCAAACACAGCAGUUGCUGACGGAGCUCCGGCUCCCGGGACCGGAGUGGAGUCGUACCGGCUGCAGGAGGCAGAAGCGUCCGUGUAUCAGCAGCCACAGACCUACACCUCAGUCCCGGACUUGAACUGCCCUCCUCCGCCCUACAACAGCCUGAUGGCGGAGCUACUCCGCUCCGACUUGGAUACGAGCUUCCUCCCCGGGAACAGUCCCAGCAUCCAGGGCAGAUUCCUCAUUAGCUCUGCGUCUUUCCACGCGACUCAGGAUUUAUUCCCCGAGCAUCCGAACAUUAAAGUGGAGCCCGCCUCCAUGGACACAUACGGACCUGUCAUGGGUCUCGUGCCACAGAGCUGCAGUAAAAUCAAGCACGAGGGCAGCGUCUCGUGCAUGAUGUCGUACGAGCAGCAGCCGCGGCUCGCUAACUCCCCGCAGGCGGCGGCUGCGGGCAGCAUGACGCCGCCGCUCAGCCCGAAUGACCUGAUGAGCUCCGAGUGUCAUCAACCGCACAUGUGCAACACGUUCCAGCAGAGCUUCCACCCGCAGCAGCAGCAGCAUCACCACCACCACCACCAGCAGCAGCAGCACCACCACCGCAGCAGCGCGCCUGCGGGGUUCCCUCACCAUCACGGCAGCAUGCAGCUUCAGUUCACGGCGACGCACCAGCAGCCGCAGUUCCCCGGCAUGUUCGCGGAGGACGCGGGCAUAAACAUGCAGCAGCAGCCGGCGGCGGCGGGUCAGCGGGUCCUCCUCACCCCGCCCUCCUCCCCGCUGGAAAUGAUGGACACCAAGCCGAAGAGAGGCCGCAGGUCCUGGCCGCGGAAACGGACUGCGACACACACCUGCACUUUCACCGGCUGCGGGAAAACAUACACGAAAAGUUCGCACCUGAAGGCGCAUCUCAGGACGCACACAGGAGAGAAACCGUACCACUGCAGCUGGGAGGGCUGCGGCUGGAAGUUCGCGCGUUCUGACGAGCUCACGCGUCACUUCCGGAAGCACACCGGGCACAGACCGUUCCAGUGUCACCUCUGUGAACGGGCUUUCUCCCGAUCCGACCAUCUGGCUCUGCACAUGAAGAGACACAUGUAGAGAAAAGAAGCAGAACAAAAGACUUUUGACCAGAAAAACAAAGAAACAAACAAACUAUAAUGAUGUCAUGUCAUGACAUUAAAAUGUAUAGAUGCGAGUUCCUGUAAAUGAUGAACUCUAGUAAAACAAACAAACAAACAUGAGGGAGGUUUGACUAUGCUGGAAUGUUUCUUUUUACAGGAAUAUUUAUAGGAAAAUUAUGGUGAUUUCUUUCUUUUUCCGGAAACCAAAGAGACACAAAAUGCCUUCAAAAAUAUAUUUGUAAACAAACAAACAUCUAUUUAAAGUUCUUUUUUGACGACAUACACACACCAUAAAAAAAACAGUGAUUUUGACAGAAACAGACAAAAUUCUGUUCACAUGUAUUUUUGUGACUAUGUAGCUGGUACUACUUUUAUAUAUAUGUAUAUAUAUCUAUAUAUAUGCAUAUAUAUAUAUAUAAGGAUUGUUGUUUGAAUUGACAACAAAAAAAAACUAAAAUAAAGGAACAUUCCACUCAAACAUGUCAGGCACAUGCAAACUGAAGCAACUGAAAGCAGACAUUCCUUUGUUUUUUUGACAUAUUUUCAACCAUUAGUGCCUUUUUUUUAAUCUAUAACACGUUAUUAAGCCAAAAAAAACAUUUACGAUGGCCAUACUAUCCACUGGCUAAGAGACAAUCGACGUGUGUGUGUGUGUGUUCUGUUGUAAACUGCACGUGAAAAAUAAGCUUUAAGACAACGUUUUGUACUAAGAAAAAAACUGCCUUUUUCCAGUCUGUCCUCCUUCCUCGAAGGCUUGAAUUGAAUGUCACACACGUGUGUGUGUGUGUGUGUGCGUCUGUCGUCCUCCCGAGCGUUUGAAGUCAGGGGUCUUUUGCUCACGACAUCUCUCCAUUGACAAAGGGCUACACAGUCUUUGGCAAUAACAAUUGUUUUGUUUUUUAUGUCUUGAAGAAAAAUGUACUUUGCCUUGUACAUAGAUGAUUUUUUUUAUAUAUAUAAUGUAAAUAGUCUAUUUUAAUGUACAUAUUAAACUAAAUGAACAAACAUGA